GGACAUUUGGAUUCACCAGAGAGGCCCCGAAGAAGCCCAUUUCUUCCAAGUCUCACGUUUUAUCCACAGAGCAUGCUCGUGGUACAUGUCUUUGUACAUUAUUCCCUUUGCUAUGUAUCAAACUAACACGCACUUGAUACCGCAGUAAAAUGAGCCACCAGGAAGAUGGGCCCUGGAGAUUAUGUGCUCUUGAUAGAGUCUUUGCUCAAGACCUGAACUGGGCGUCCACGGGGUCUGCAAAACCCUUAGGUCCUUUUAAAAGUUUUCUGGUUUGGUUUCGCAACAGUGCAAACCGUGAGGGAUCUUGCAGCCCCUUCCUGCCUCCUCCAGCCUCAAACGCAAAAUCUAAACCAGCUGUAGCUGGGCUGUGGACACGGUGGGCUGGGCUGUGGGACAGGCUGGGGGGGCGGGGUCUCAGCCUGGCCCCUCCCCCGUCAGGGCGAGAGGGGCAAGUUCCGCCCGCCUCCCCGAAGGCUGCCCCGCCCCCUUCCUGCCCGACGACCGAGGCUGGAGGGCUAGCAGGGUUGCGAGCCUGGCUGGGGGCGGCCAUGCCUUUGUCGCUGAGCUCCCAUUUGUUCUUGGACCUGGUCUUGUGCGUGGCGGGCACCCUGUCUUUCCUGCUGAACGUGGUCGCCGCCACGUGGGCCGUCGUCCAGUACGUGCGCAGUGGCAGUUACUUGUGGGCUGCGCUGGUGCUGGCGCUGCUGGGCCUCGCCUCCGUGCUGCUGCAGCUCUUCAGCUGGGUCUGGCUGACCUCCGACCCCGCCGAGCUGCACGGGUCGCUGCCCUCGCGUCGUUUCCUGGCGCUGCUGCAUCUGCUGCAGCUCGGCUAUUUGUACAGGUUCCUGCAGGGGCUUCAGCAGGGGCUGUCCAUGUUGCGGCAGGAGCUGCCAACUGAGAGUGACCUAGCCUAUGCAGACUUCCUCUCCCUGGAUAUCAGCAUGCUGCGGCUCUUUGAGAGUUUCUUGGAGGCGACACCACAGCUCACACUGGUGCUGGCUAUCAUUUUGCAGAGUGGCAAUUCUGAAUACUACCAGUGGUUUGGCAUCAGCACAUCCUUCCUGGGCAUCUCGUGGGCACUAAUGGACUACCACCGGUCCUUGCGUACUUGUCUUCCCUGUAAGCCUCGCCUGGGCUGGAGCUCCUCUGCCAUCUACUUCCUGUGGAACCUGUUGCUGUUGUGGCCCCGAAUCUUUGCCGUUGCCCUGUUCUCGGCUCUCUUCCCCUACUACAUAGCCCUGCAUUUCCUCAGCCUGUGGUUGGUGCUGUUGUUCUGGGUCUGGCUUCAAGACACAAAAUUUAUGCCAAACUCCACUACUGAGUGGCUGUACCGGGUGACGGUGGCAAUCAUCCUUUACUUCUCCUGGUUCAAUGUGGCUGGGGGCCGCACCCUGGGCCGGUCCACCAUCCACCUGAUCUUCAUCAUCAGUGACAGUACUCUGCUGGUCAGCACCUGGGCAACACAUAACAUCUCGUUGCCCAAUGGAACCUUCUUGCCAUUGUGUUUGACUUUCGGAGGAACCUGCUUCCUCCUAGGACUGACUUUGCGUCUGAUGUACUACCUCUGGCUACACCCUCACUGCCGCUGGGAACCUGACCAGGUGGAUGGGGCCCGAAGUCUUCUUCCUGUGAUAAAGCCUAAGCGGCUUUAUAACAGGCGUGCCACUCAGUUAGCACAGAACUUCUUCCCCAAGGACAAAAAGAAGUCCACUCUGCCUGAACAGGUUGGAGAGGUGGAAGGAGUCUUUUGAGGCAGGGUCUGACUCAGCCAGCGAGGACGAUGUAGAGAGCUGGGCCUUUGAAGGGCCAAGGGCCAGUCAUAUACAAGCCAUUUUCUCUUCCUUUCCAACCAAUAGAGCUGCUGUCACCAAAGCCUCACAUUGCCAUUCUCACCUCUCAGGUAACUAACUGGUGGAGGUAUUCUCUCCUGGGUUCCUUGGCCUGACUAUAGAAGGCCCUGGGAUGCUAGGAGAUGUUCUUGAGAAGUCUUCUCUACCCCCACCCCAUCCACUUCAGUUAACAAAUGCUGAGAGCACUUUAUGUUCUGGGAGCAUCGUUCUAACUGUUGAACUGGCCGACACCCUAGCUUCUUUCCCUACCCACUUGAACAAAUCUGAUCUCAAAGACCAAAGCCAACGGUGACCCUGCCAGCUCCUCCAGUGUCGUGAUGCAGCAGUCUCUACUCUGGCUCUUAGGCCACCUUUAAAUCAAGUGCCUUAUGGACCUGUGGUCUAGGCCAUGCACUAUCCAUUGAGUGUUUUUCAUUCUAGCUAGCAUAUGUCUCUCCUACCUCAGUCUGUGAGAGUAAGUGAACAUGUGCACACGUGUUUAACAGUAUUAUUAAAACCGCAUGAAAUUCUCCAAACCACUAUGUACCAGUAAGUACACUCUAUCACCCUUUCUAUUACAGUGGCAGGGACCUGGAACCCCUUAAAACUGGUACAGAUCCCUGGAAUAGAGAUAUGGGCCGAGUUAGGUAUGACUUUGUAAUAACUAUCUAAAUUGUUCUAGUAUAAUAAAAACUCAGGAGUCAGAAAUUGAGAUAAAGACCUGAUAAACCCAAGGACAACAGAGAGCCCACUGGCUGACCUUCUCCCCACAUUUUUCCUUAAUUAACUCCCUAGAAAUCCUCUCUUCUCUCUUCCUGUCCUCUCUAGCAGACCUCUUCAUUCCUUCAAGAACUCUAUAGCUAAUCCCAGUCAGCCAAUCACUGACUCCGUCCUUUGAUUCAAGGUGGCUUUGCUGGCACAGUGGAAUGGCUAUACCUACAAUUCUCCCACAUUUCCCCUUUCAGUUGGUAGAGCAUGGGACUCUUAAUCCCAAGGUCAUGGGUUUGAGCCCCAUGUUUAGCCUUUCUCUGUCCCACUAGCUAGCUCCCAAAGGAGCACAGAGACUUAUUAAUUAUGAAAGCUUGGGCUUGUCCCACUAGCUCUUAUAACUUAAUCCAUUUAUAUUAAUCUGUUUGCCUCAUGGCUUUUUAGCUUUCAUUCUGUAUGUCUGACCCCUCUGUGUCUUGUGUCUCAGGCGCCUAGAUUCAUGCCUUAUUUCCUCUCUGCCGGAAGUCCCGCCCAUACCCUCUGACCAGCUGCUGGCCAGUCAGCUCUUUAUUAAAUCAAUCACAACAGUGUAUCUUCAUACAGUG